AUGAUCAGUUCUUUCGUGAAGAACUACACUCUUCAACGGCUAGUAACUGUUGCUCGGUGUAGUUCUUCACCCCUUUUGCUACUCCGGAAUCCUCUAAGCAUAUGCACUUCCUUAGACUUUGGAAGGCCUUCCAAUCAAUCCAAAGAGCGUAGUGAUCCUUUGGUUGGCCAAGGGAUCGUGACAUCAAAUGAAGCAAAAUGGGCUCACCAGAGGAAAAUCAUUGCUCCCGAACUAUAUAUGGAGAAGGUUAAGGGCAUGAUGAUCAUAAUGGUGGAGUCGUCGAUGACAGUAGUGAACUCAUGGAGGGUAGAAAGUGAGGGUGGAGUUGCAGAUAUUCACAUUGAUGAAUAUAUGAGAAGCUUUUUCGGAGAUGUGAUUUCAAGAGCCUGCUUUGGGAGCAGCUAUUCCAAAGGGGAAGAGGUCUUUUUAAAGCUUAGAGCACUUCAAGAGCACAUGUCUAAAAAGGUUGCAAAGGGUAUUCCUGGAGUGAGGUUUAAUCUUUUCCAACCCAAGCACUUACAGUAUCUUCCAACUAAGAGUAACAGAGAAACAUGGAGGCUAGAAAAAAAGGUCCGAACUUUGAUUCUCAAGGCAGUGAAGGAAGGAAAGGAAGCGGCAACAGGGAACAAUCAUCAAGAUGGAGCAUUACUUGAACUGGGCACAAGCUUUAGGCUCAGCAUGGGCCUUCAUGUUGCUUGUGGGUCUCAUUUGUUGCUGCCUCGCCACCAACAAGGCAGCACAAGCGGUCAUUUUCAUCCUCUAUUCUCCCCUGUUUUAUAG